AAUUUGUCAAAAAUCAGCUGAUUUGAAUGAAUCAAUUUUCAAAUUUGUCGAUAUGAUUUAAAAUUCCUGUAUUAAUAAAUCGCUAAUACAAUGUGUAAAGGUGUAGAGAUAUUACGCAAUUCCAAGGUUUCGAUACCUAUUUGAAGUGAUAAUCUCGCAAAAUCCGAUUAUUAAAUGAAAGAUAACGAAAUUGAGAUAAUGUAUGUUAAAAUUCUUAUUUGAAGUAGUCCAGAUAUAGUCGUAAUAAAGAAGAAACAGAAAAAGGUACCGAAAAAUGUUCAAAUUGUCCCGAAAUUUCCGAUAUAUUGUACGAACACAAACCAGAAAUGUGUCGACGACGAGCAACAAAAGAAGCGCCAUGCAUAAUUUGCCAUCACUGGUCUUCGGCAAAUACUUACUUCACACAAAUAUCAUAAGUUCGGGGGUACUUAUGUGGCUGGGAGAUAUUUGCGAACAAGAAAUUGAGUACCGCAGAGGAAUAUUAGCAAAAAGAUAUGACUAUGGAAGAAUGACUCGAAUGUUCUUAGUUGGGUUAGGACUAGGUCCUAUCCAUCACUAUUACUACCUCUACAUAGCAAGAAUAUGGCCAAAGAGAGAUUUCAGCACCAUAACAAAGAAACUUGCUCUGGACCAGUUUCUUAUGGGUCCUCUAUGUAUAUGCACCUUUUUCUAUACAAUGGGGGCAUUAGAAAGAAAGCCUGUUCAGCAAAUGAAUGAUGAAAUAACAUCGAAAUUUCUAGAUGUAUAUCUUAUUGAUUGGUGUGUUUGGGUGCCUACCCAGUUUAUAAACUUUUAUUUUGUACCUGUAAAAUACCAGGUGUUCUAUAUUAAUGCAGUUACCAUGUUCUACAAUGUAUUCCUGUCCUAUAUAAAGCACAAGGAUGUGGAAUAUUUGAAAAUGGGAGAUACUACUUAAAUGAAUUGAUUGAGAGAGUAUCAAAUAUGGUUUGGGAAAGAAGUUAAUCCACAGGAGCUAGUCAAAAAACGUUGAAUAUUAAAUAUUCUCUGAACUAUUAUUAAUCUCUUGUUUCAUUGUUGUUCUUGUUUCUAUAUGACGUAUUAUUAUUUUAUAAUGAAAUUAAAAUAUAUUUCAAUACUGAUAACAGGUUGAAUAAAGGAAAAACUCCAAAUCAAAAACA